AUGGAGGGCCCAAGUGAGAGCGAAGGUGCAAUCCUGAAGCCUGGAGCCCUCAUCAACAAGGUGCUGAAGAAGGAGCCAACGAAGGAGACAUGGGGCAAGUGGACCGCAGCGGAGAGGGCGCAAGCCGUGGAGAAGUCCUUCGAAGAGUUCAUCAGCGGUCCAGAUGAACAUGUGAAGCCGGUACCUGACUUCCCCGACGACAAGGCCGAGGCUGAUGAGCAGGAGGUGCCUGCCAAGGUGCUGAAGAUGAUGCCAAAGGCCCGACCCUGGCAGCAGGGUCCAGAGGUGGAGGCAUCGCUCAUCCCUGGAAGGCCCAAGCCUUUGUACAAAGGCUCAGCAGCUGGCGGCUUUGGAGCAGCUGCGUCGAGUUCAGGUUCAGCAGAAGCGUGGUUGAGCAGCUGUGGAGACGGUGGAGAUGGAGAUGGAGAUGGCUGGAUGACGACAGAGUGGACGUCAUGGAGGAGCGAUGAGUGGAAGAGCUCUGAUGACUGGAAGAGCUCUGAUGGCUGGAAGAGCUCUGAGUGGAAGAGCUCUGAUGACUGGAAGAGCUCUGAAUGGAAGAGCCAUCAGGAGAUCGACACCUCGACUACCCGCCCCAACGAGCCAGAAGCACAUCCCAACGAUGAAGUGUAU